UGUAAUUAUGAUGAUUUGUCGUUAUUGCCAAUUGAAAUCAGACAUUGUAGCUGAUGAAAUUAACUUGAACUGUUCUCUAAAAUUUCGUGUGAGCCUAUUAUUAUUUGAUAUAGGUAUACAAUCUCAUAUUAAUAAGUAGUCUAGGUAUUUAAAGUACUUAGUGUGCAUUUAUAUUUCUCUGCAUUAAUUGUGAAGAAUAUCAAAACUAUAUUUUGAUUAUACUUUUCGUCAACAUGAUUACUUUAAUUCUUUAAAUAUUGCUCAUGGUACAAAAACCUUGCAAUUUAGAUCUUUGAGUAUAAGAAGAGAGUACCUUUAUUUUUUGCCCAUAAACUUUAUUGGAUAGCUAAUUGGAUUGUGCUCUUAAUAAUAGCUGGCUUAAUCAUUUAUUAUUAAGGCUACUUUUUGGAUACGAUUCUAAUUUUGGGCAGAUUAAUACUAAUAUCAAUUCUUUUGAUAUAUACACUCUAUAUUAGAAAACAAGACUUGGUAGAAUUUGAAGAUUUAGGGUUUUUUAAUAGUGAAUUACCAGAUAUUGAUGUUUCAUCAUAAGAGUAAAAGCUAAGAAUUUCAACUUUAAAUAGUACACAUUUAAUAUUAAUAUGUAGAUCUUCAAACUUAAUUUUUUUCUGUGGAAUUAAAAAAGAUGUGGAAUAUUGUGGAUAAUGAUGUAGAAAUAAAAUUAAAUAUGUAAAUAAUAUAAUGUAUAUGUAGUCAUUUUGCUGAUAAAGAGAAAUGUAUGAAAUUAAAAAAAAGAGUAUCAGAAUUAUUUGAUAUGCAUUAAUAAUUAUUGAUUGAAUGUUCAAUUUAUUUUGAAUAACAUAAUAAUGAUUAACUUGAAUUAAAUUAUUUAAUUAAGUAAAUAUCAGACAGUAGUGAUUUGUAAUUAAUUAAUAAUAUCCAAAAAUAUUUAAAUGUGAUUAUGAGUAAAAUAGAUUUAAUAUCUAAAUCUUUUAUGGAUUUUAUAGAAUUACCUGAAUUGGAAAGAGAAUUGUUAGAUGAUAUUAAAUUAUAAAAUAGACAACUUCAUAAAUAAUCAUUAAUAAAAAAAUAAUAAUAAACUAUUUUUUAAUAUAAGAAAUGGGAAUUAUAAUAAUAAUAUAUUCCAUAUAUGAAUGUUAAAAUAAAAGAACAUUAAACAAUUAAAUAACAUGGUGAUUCAUAUAUUUAAUAUAUUAUAAUGAUAAAAAUAAAUUAAGAAAUAUUAAUUUCAUAAAAGAGAUUUAGAGAAUUUCAUGAAUUGAAUGAAUAAUUAAAAUAAUAAGGAAUUAAAUAUUCAUCCUUAUUUCCAUAAAAGAGUAUUGGUAAAUUGACAGAAUAAGAUAUAGAGGAGAGAUAAAAAGAUUUGGAAAUAUAUUUAAAAGUAUUAUUAAAUGAUAGAAGUAAUCAUAAUUGUUUAAUAUUAUUUAAAUUUGUUGGUAUUACUUUAAUUUAGGAAAUCUUUUUAAAAAAAUAACAAUAAAGAAUUAAAAAAGAUGUAGAAUAAGUUAUAUAAUCUACAAUUAAAUUUAUAUAAUUUGAAGAUGUUUAAGAUUAAAAUGGUGAUAAAUAUUUUAAAUAUUAAUUUUAAAUUGUAAAUAAUAAUGUCUUUAAUUAAUAUCACAUUAUAUCUAAAAGAUAUUCUUAAUUUGAUGAAUUACAUAGUAUAUUAAAAUAGAGGUAUAUUUAUAUAUUGAUUAUAAUAUAGGGUCCAAUUCUUACCAUUAUUACCAUAAAAAUCUAAUGCUUUAUAAUAGAAUGUUAAUCCAAAUUAAAGAAGUGCAUUAUUACUCUAAUAUCUUAAUGAAUUGAUAAAAAAUCCUUUGGUUUGUGAAAACCCUCAUUUUAGACAAUUUAUUGAUAUUCCAUUUUUUCAUUUUGAAUCUGAUGAAGCAACAAUACCAGAAUCAACUAAUCAAUUUAAUCAAAUCUUAAGACAUUUAGAUAAUGAUUCAAUAAUUACUAAAAUUGAUGAUAUGAAAAUAAGAUUAUGGGAUUGA